AUGGCUUCCAAAGACAAUAUCGCGCCACAAGUUGCCCCUGCUGAUACAGCUUCAGGAGUUGCGCCUUCUGGCCCCCAUCCUGCAGUCUCGAUCUCAACCACUUCGGCAACCAUGCCACCAGUCGUCGCCCAUGGAUUCACUGGUGAUGUGACUACCGGGACUACCGCCUCUGGCGUCCCACCAGGAGUGUCUGUCAGUAAUAACUCUGGAGCCGCACAGCCUGGUGUACCUCCCAGUGUCCCUGGUGGCAUGACUGUUGGAGCUACACCUUCUGGUGUUCCUCCUGGUGUUUCUGCCAGUAAUAACUCUAGAGCCGCACAGCCUGGUGUACCUCCCAGUGUCCCUGGUGGCAUGACUGUUGGAGCUACACCUUUUGGUGGCCCUCCUGUCCCUGCCACGGCUCCUGUAGUUGCUACGCCUUCGCGUAUUCCUGGCGGUACAACUUCUGGAGCAACUACUGUCGGUCCCCUAAACCUGCAAACUGCUUAUGUCACAAAUGACAUUCCUUUCAACAAUGAGGGCCAAUUCCGACGGCCCAAUGGUGCAGUCGAAUACGCUGACGACUCCGGGGUUGACUCUGACGAUGACCCCGAAGGGGACCAAAUUAUGAAGGAAGUCGGCGACGAUGACAAAUUGAAACUUUCUGAGGAAAAUCAAAAAAAUCUACUGAAAGGCAUAGCAGAAUGCAGCGAUCCAGAUACGUUGGUUGCGAAAUUGGAAGCCCUACUGCCAGAGGGCAAACGGAUGUCUCUCCAGCAACUUCAGGAGAUCUUGCUGCCAAGUAGAUGGGGGCCUGAACAUCAGAAAGAAGCACUUUCAGCACAAAACAGUACGCUCUCCUCACCUAUAAGGAAGGCAAGCGCUAACACCGAGCAGAUAUACAGAAAGCCAUUAGUGCUGGGAAGAACCCUAACUGGGAGCACCACCAUGGCGGAUCAAAUGUAUCAGCACCCCCAGUCCCAAAGCCGCAUCCGUUCCAUAAGGAAGCAUAUAAGGAAGCAACUCGAUAUCUGCACAUGA